GCAGCCGGAGACCUUUCUGCCCAGGAAGCCCAGGAAGAAGGAGCUCUCCAAGAGCUGUGUAUGGACAUCCUGGGGUCACUGGAUGUCUCUGCGAGCGGGAUGAGCAAACUCCUGUGGCCCCGGCUGCUGCUGUACGUGGUGCCAGCCUAGUACACCGGCAUGCUGAUCCCAGUCUCUCGCUGUGUCCAAGCACUGGCUGAGAGAGGGGACCUGAUGGUGCGGGAGAUAGAAGACCUGGAUCCCCAUUUCCUCAGCUCCAUGUUUCAAGGCCCACUGCUGACUCCCCAGACACUGCUGGCACGCCUGCUGGUGGUGGCAGGGAGCCCUUUUGCAGGCAGCGAACUCCAGGCCGCUGCCUUGCUCCUCAUGCUGAGCCUCCACGGCAAAAUCCACAGAGCUGUGGGGGCCAUGUGGGCUGCUGAGAUCCCCCUGCUGCUGCAGUGCCUCAAAGGGAAAGAUGAGAGCUUCCCGGACUCUGCAGAGUGGGAGCAGCGCCUCCUAGAGUUCCUGAGGGCGUCAUUGGCUACCAUGGAGGAUGAGGCCUGGACCAAGGGCCUGAGCUGCGAGCUGAGCCGGUGGCUGAGCAGCUCUCCCAGCAGCUCUGGAGAAAAGUCCUUCCUGUACAAGGCUCUGGGGACAGUGCUGGGAGCUUGUAAGGAAGUCCUCCACAUCCAAGAGAAGCUCCUGCAACACCUGGAGGAAGCAAAUGCAGAGGAGCCUUCUGAGGCCCAGGGAAUGAUCUCUCUUCUCAGCCAUGCUGCUGAGAGCAACUUCCACACAGUCCUGGACACGCUCACCACAUUUGCGUCCAGGCUGUGCAGAGGCCAGAAGGGAAGGAUUUCCAGACGCAAGAAGAUGGAGCUGGACAGUAGAAGAGCUCAGGCCACCCGCAGCGCUCUCAUCCGUGCCCAUGGCAGCUUGGCACUGCGUGCCUCCAAAGAACAGCUGCUUGCCUGCCUGGAGGGAGACAUCGUGGGCAACAUCCUGCUGCUCUACAGCUGCAGCUGCCGGGACCUGCAGAACACGCUUGCGCUGCUGCAGAGCAUCACAGACUUCAGCUCUGCCUUCCAAGCAGCGGGUGACUCUGCCUGCUUUAACCCCUCCUUGAAGGGCAAGCUGCUGGAGAUCCUGACGGACUUGCUGAAGAAGUAUUGCUUGGGCACCCCAGUCUCCCCAGUGCCCCUCAAGGUGGUUCUGGCCCUGGAGCAGUUGAGCAAGCUGAAGCCUUCCUUAGGAAGCAAAGACAUGUGUGACAUGCUGAUUUUGUGCUGCAAGAUUAUUGUGACGCACCCUUCAGCGGAGAUGAUGCUGAAGAUCAGGAAGUCCCAGCAAGCAGCUCAGUACCUGCAGCUUCUGCAAACAUCACUGAAAGCUCUGGGCCGGCUCAUGGUGGUCCUGCUCGAGACAGAGACCACCAGUGGCUUCUUUCAGAACAUAGUCCAUAGAUCAAUGACGUCAGGCAACACGUGGGAGCGCAAGAGGGCCCUGCAGACCUGCUCCCAGCUGCUGGCUGUUUGUGAAGAGCGUGGAAGAGGAGAUGCCUGCAAGCACUUUGGCUCCUUGGUGGGAUUGCUGGUGCCUCUGACGUGUGACCCCAUGCCCACCUCCCGCCAGUUGGCUGUCACCUGUCUGAGCUCCCUUCUCCGAAUCCAAGCCAAGGCGACCAACGGAGUCAUCCAGACAGGAGACAUCGGGAGCCUGUGUGAGGGGCUGAAUGACCGCAGCACCGUCUGUCAGCUCCAGACCUCUUCCAAAAUCGCGCGGAUUGUAUGCAGAAGCUUCUCCCUGGAACACACCAUAGAUUUCAUGAUGGCCAUCAAGGACACCUUCCGGAAGGCCAAAGGAAUGCGUGUGCGUGCUGCUGGGAAGUGGAUGAUCACCUUUCUGCAGAUGCAUGGAAAGGACAUCUGUCGGGAUCUUGAUCUUUCACCGAUCAUCUACAUCCUGCGCAGCUGCAUGUCGUCCCUGCAGCACAGCACGAACACGCCAUUCCUGUGCCAGGCGGUGGCCAUCCUCACCCGCUGUCACACAGACAUCACAAUUGACAGCUUCUUCCACAGGCGUUGAGCCCACAGACAGCAAGACAUGGAGGAGAAUAUGAGAGUUUUUUCAUCAGUGGUGCAGCAGGGAGAAGAAAGAAAGGAAAAGCAAAGCAAAGCAAAGCAAAGCAA